GUUCAUUAUGUAACUUGGACAGGUUUUGAAGGGUAGUAAUAACAAAUACUGGUCAACUGUUUGAAACAAUUCUAAUAUCUUCCAUUCAGCUGUCUUGUCCUUUUUUAUUGUAUUUUUUUUUUCCAGUUUUUGUCAUUCAUUUUCUCAAUGGAGGAUCUACCGCCACUUCUUGUCGUGGAAAUCCUGAGUCGACUCACCGAUUCCGCCGACCUUGCUCGGUGCCGACUCGUCUCCAAAACACUGAACUCCCUCUCUCACGAGGUCCGCUCUGUUAACCUCCUCUGCACCUUAUCUCGAUACCUUAAAUCCCGCUCGCCUGAGACCAAGGCCCACGUCACUCCUUUCAAGGCAAUCUUUAAUAACCUUGUCCGCCAAGCUCGGUGUCUUAACUCAAUCACGAUCGGAGUCGAUAAGUCGCUCAGAGAUAUCUCGUACGAUGACGUGGAUGACGAGUCGGAUGAUUUGUAUUUGACCGAUGUGGGGUUCGUGAAGGAGUGGUUGCCUAAGGUUUGUGGGGACCUAAGGAAGCUGUCGAUUUUGGAUUUUUUGAUACAGUCAUGCUGGAGGAAAUCUGAAGUUUUGAGCUUGAUUUCUUCGUGUUGCAAUGGUCUUAUGGAACUAGAGCUGAAGAAUGCUUGGCUUUCGGUUGAUAGGUUGAAGCCAAUGACUGGGGUAACAAAUUUGAAACUUGAAUUUAUUAAACUUGAAGAUGAGGACCUAACCAAACUUAAUGAUUGCUUUCCUUCUCUUCGAGUUCUGAAUUUGGUUGGUGUUGGAGGACUUAAAGAUCCCAAGAUUCAUCUCUUGCAUCUUGAAUCCUGCUUGUGGACGGUGUCAAAUGCUCCACUUUCUUUGACUAUCUUUGCUCCCAACCUCGUGAAACUCAGACUGAAAUGUAUUAAGCCAAAAUCUCUUGUUCUUGAUACCCCAUUGUUGUCAGAUUUGCAUCUUUCUGUUGAGGAAGCCUAUAAUUUUAGAGCGAAAGAGUUUUGUAAUUUGGAAAACCUUCAGCUUGAAUCUUCAAGUCUUCAUAGCCUCCUUGGCAUGUUUCCAUCUAGUAAAUCAAUUAAGACGCUGACAGUGGAUUCUCUCAGAUGGACUGAAGCUCUUGAAACAAGCAAAUUUGGAUUAGAAGCAUUGUUUGAUGUGUUUCCAAAUGUAAUGUCUCUUAAUUUAGGCCCUGGGGCUUGGUCUGAAGCAGAGAGUUGUUUUUGGAAACGAGGUUUGGAGGAUAGGAAUGCAAUGAAGGAGUUGAAAGAGAUUGUGGCACAUUUGGUUGUGUACGAUAUUGAAGUUACCCUCUCAUUUAUUUAUUCAAUCUUGGAUAAAUGCCCCAACUUAUCCGACAUGGCAUUACUCCACCCUAAAGAAGAUUCUGGAGCUGCUAAUAGCCUCAUCUCUAGGUGUACAACUUAUCGUCCAAGAGUAAAAUGGAGAUGGGGAACGUGGAAGGAGGGAUCAAAAGAUACCUAGGUCUUUAUUGGCAUUUAAUUUGGUAAUCCUCCUUUCUAGAAAGGAAAUAGGAAUGCUUUAUCUUUUAUGCUGUCUGUGUGUUGUUUCUCUGGUUUAAGUUAAUCUUCCCAAAUAAAAGGGAUGAAGUCUUUUCAGCAACCUCAAAUGGUUAGAAUAAGGAUUUUGUUAGUAAAUACACGUAUAGGUGACUUGUAUGAAGACAUAAGUGACUACAUGACCUGUACAAAUGAAUAUGGUUGCUUGGAAAGUGAAAGCAUAUUGGAUUACCUUUUUGCAGACAUGUCAGGCCUUCUCCAAACUAAACUUCAUAGUUGGUUUCUUACCAUCUUCUUAUGCAUCUCUGUCCUGAAUUCUACUGCAAACUCCACUGCUUUUGAGUGACUGAACAAGAGAGUUCACCACCAAGUACCCCCAGCAUCUUGCCUUCCAGCAAAAGGAGAGGGGAAAAGGAGGAAAGAAAACCAGGCAUCACCAAGCUGAUACUUGGUUGUUAUUUUGUAAAUAGUAUAUUUUUGUGUUUUCUUUCAGGAAUAGUUCUGCAGGUCGUAUUUUUUCUGCAAAACAAAAAUCCAUCGAUUAAGAAUGUAAAUAUCAUCCGUUUCCCAAAUAUGGUGCUGAUGUACAUUGCCUGAGCUUGUGGUUUAUUUAUAUUUCAGUGAGGUUAAUUGCUAGCCUGCUACGUCAUAUUUGUGUUGCUUUGAUAAAUGUUCAUCCCGUAAGGAGCUACAUGGGAAAUAGAAUUCAAAGGAAUGUUACUCUAUUGUCUUUGAUAAAGACGGUUCUUUUCCCCUUUUGAAGUUCCUUUUCUUCUUGCAACGCACAACCCAUGUCAUUCUUUUAGCGAAAGCGGGGAGCUGAUGCUUAGUUAAUUUGGUGUUCUGUUUUAAUUUGAAACUAAUCCUAUUUUCACCAAAAUAAAAGACAAAUGAGGGGCGCUCCGAGAAUCGAACUCGGGACCUCUCGCACCCAAAGCGAGAAUCAUACCACUAGACCAAGCGCCCUCAGCGAAAAGUGAUGACAAAUCAAAUUAUCAUGUCUUUCGAUAGCAAGAUUAAUUAGGAUUUUUGCCCGGAAUAUAGGAGCACAACUUUCUAUAUCGCAAUAGUUAGGCGACCCUAAGACCCUGUUCGCCGCCGGCAUCUAUUGCUCCGUUGCGGUAACCUCUCCUCUCGGUCUUUCGAAUGGCAAAUCAAAUGGCGACGGUUCCAGGGCAGUUGAUUUGGGAGAUCGUGAAGAAGAACAACUGCUUCUUGGUGAAGGAGUUCGGCCGAGGAAACGCUAGCGUCCAAUUCAGUCUAGCAAACAUGUAACUAUUCAGUCUGGAGGGAAGGAUCAGUCUGUGUUGCUUGCCACCUCAAAGACCAAGAAGCAGAACAAACCUGUAGUUUGCUUCAUAAAUCUGUUAUGAGGAAGGAGUUUCCUAGGAUGGCUAAGGCUGCUGUCAAUCAGGUUGCAGAUAAUUACUACCGACCACAUUUGAAGAAGGCGGCCCUUGCAAGACUUAGUACUGUUCGUAGGAGUCUUAAGGUAGCCAAAUCUGGAGUCAAGAAGAG